ACAGCAACUCAACACCAGGCGUGCGCUCAGAUUGUAACUUGACUUAAGCCGUGUUUUUCGCUUUUUGACGUUUUAACCUCGAUAGAAAAGUUUUCGAAAGACAAAAAGUGUACAGUGCCGCACUACAGGUGUUUUAGUGUCGAAAGUGUACGUCUUCCAGCUAGUUUGAUCAUCACGUAGUGUUGCCACCGUAAAAAACGAGGGAAUAAAAUCAAUAUGGUGGAUUUGUAAACAAAUGUGGAGAAAUAUCAAAAACACCAAGGAUGAGUUCUUUCCAAUGGAGGCUACUGGUUACCGUAUUAGCAUGCUUUUGCAGUAUGGGACUUACCUACGGCCACGAACUAUGCCCACCAUCAAUCAACUGCGACUGCUUUUUAGGGACGUACAACACGGAGCUGCAGUGUCCCAAAUAUGUCGGCUCCGUAGGAAUAACUAUUAUAACCGGAGAGAAAGUUGACGUAGAGUGUGUCACGGAAGACAUUUUAGACCCGGAUAUCAUUCCCAAUUUUGACGCACACCGUGAAAGAAAGUUUGUAUUGAAAUAUUGUAACUUCAACUCGACUUUUGAGGAUAUAUUUCGAAAAUUCCAAAUGACCAAGGUUGAGAGGAUCGUUUUUGAACAGAUGGGAGUUCAAACGACGGAAUAUUUGAAUGUUUCGAAAGAACUUCUAAGAGGUCUUAGUGAUUUAAGUUUUCUUUCACUGACAUUCAGCAAGCCAGUGUUCGAAACUGACUUUUUAAAAAACGUGACAAAACUACGGUCUCUGUAUCUGAAUUCUAAUCAGAUCACCUCCAUCAACUGGACAUUCGAACACGUGCCCGACUUGGAACAUCUGGAUGUAUCCAGAAACCAAAUUGAAAAUUUAACUGAUGGUACUUUUAAAGAUUUGAAAAAUCUGAAUGUUUUACAUUUAUGGGGAAAUCAAAUACAAAGUUUAAGAAGAAAGACGUUUACCGGCCUGGAAAAUUUAAACUUGGUGGAGUUGUACAGCAAUCAAGUAACAAAUCUUCCAGAGGACACGUUCUACGACUUGGUGAAUGUAGAAAACAUUGGUCUUCGGGCAAAUAAAAUUGAACAUGUGCAUGGCAAAACAUUUAGGAAUAAUCACCUCCUUCAGAACGUCAGAUUGGAUUUCAACAAGAUCCAAACCUUGGAGGAUUAUUUAUUCUCCAAUUUCUCAAAUUUAAACUCAGUAGAGUUAAAUGAUAAUAAACUCCAAUCUAUCCCCGAGCACACCUUUACAAACUCCACAUCGCUUGUUGAAAUUAAACUACAAAACAACAAAUUGGAAACGCUUCCUGAGAAACUCUUCGACGGGCUCAAGAACCUUCUAAAACUUGAUUUAUCAAGCAACUCUCUGAAAUCUCUGAGCAACGAUGUCUUCUCCAGUCUGGAAAAACUUAAUGAACUUUAUUUGGGAAGUAAUUUGUUGGAAGAAAUAUCAGAUGUGGUAUUUGGAAAAUUGAAGAGUUUGGACACAUUGAACCUUUCUAAAAACAGAAUUGUGACUAUUGAGAUCCUGGCAUUCUCUCAGACUCCUUUAGUUUUCCUAGAUUUAUCGUACAACAUGUGGAACAACAGUUAUUUGGAAGGUUUUGGCAGUCCGUUGGGCGAGUGUGUCAAAGCCAAAGAACUGAUUCUGCAUCAUAACAACAUAACUGAAGCCAUAGAGAUUCAUUCGCUUAUAAGUUUGACGCUGUUAGAUCUCAGUUAUAAUGACAUCACUAAAGUGCCGAUCGACCUAUACGCCAGUGGAGCCGACAUAGUGGUCAAUUUUACGCACAACAAAAUCAAGACGGUUGGCAAUUUCAUCGAGGCAAAAUACAUUGUCAAGUGGAAUUUAGAAGAGAACCAAUCCCCUCUUGGUCAAGCCGUCAUAGACGUAAACGAUAAUCCCAUCAGUUGCGAUUGUGCCAAUUAUGAAUUGAUCAAAUACAACAAUCUGGACUAUCCAAACCUCACACAGGCGAUAGACAUCAAACAAGAAAACUUAUACUGUCCUAACUCUCACAGCUUAAAAAUAGAGGACAUAAAACCAUGGAACAUAUAUUGCUCUACGGAUUCAUGUUCUGAUAUAUGCAGCUGUUCGUAUCAGCCUUACUACAAGGCAGUUAUGGUUGACUGUUCUUAUAGGAAUCUGACUCAGUAUCCAGAUUUUAAUCUUAACCUUAUCACAAGUGAUAGCUACCAGCAAACCGUGUUGAAUUUGACGGGAAACCAAUUGACAGCUGGACCAAGGGACGAUGUUAACUACCAGAACGUAACUCGUUUGGAUCUGUCAAGGAACAGAAUAAACAAUAUUAGUUGGAUUCCACCUAAAAUUAAGGAACUAAACCUUCAAGGAAAUAAGCUAACAGUAUUGGAUCACGAGAUUGUAGAUGUGCUAAAUAAGACAAGCUCUAUAGAAAAAUUAAUAUUAAAGGACAAUCCAUGGGUGUGCGAUUGCAAACUAUUCGAUUUACAAAAAUAUCUGAUGCAGAAUUACAAAAAAGUUCAAACUGCUGACGUAUUUUGCCACAAUACCAACACACUCUUGGAAAAAACUUUCGAUUUAUGCAAGACUUCGCGCUACCUAACCAUCAUGCUGCCUAUCGCACUCAGCAUGCUCUUAGCAUUCGCAGUCAUGGCAGCAAUCUACUACCGUUACCAAACCGAAAUCAAGAUCUACCUCUACGCCAAGAACCUCUGCUUGUGGUUCGUUACCGAAGAAGAACUGGACAAAGACAAGACUUAUGACGUGUUCGUCAGUUACUCCCAAGAAGACGAGAAGUUCGUAGUAGAACAUCUGGUUCCAGAGCUGGAAAGCGGAGAGCACCCUUUCAAAGUUUGCAUCCACAUCAGGGACUGGAUACCCGGCGACAUGAUCGCCGAACAGAUUGUACGAUCUGUGAAUGAAUCCAGAAGGACUCUGGUUGUCCUUUCCAAUAAUUUUCUCAAAAGUGUCUGGGGAAAAAUGGAAUUCAGAACGGCGCACACUCAAGCCAUGUCUGAAGGUAGAGCUAGAGUAAUUGUGGUGAUACUUGGUGACCUAGAUGAAGAGAAAAUAGACGAUGAGCUCAAAAGCUAUCUUAAAACUAACACCUACGUUAAAUGGGGUGAUAGAUACUUUUGGAAUAAGCUCAAGUACGCCAUGCCGCAUUCUAGAAAUGGGUUUUACGCUAGGAAUAGGAAAAUGAUGCUCAAAAUAGACGACAAGUUUAUCUUGGUACCCCCUAGUCCAACGAAGACCAGUACACCUCCGAUUACAUUGAAUCCGUCCCUUCUGGAAAAAAGUGAGAUUAAACUGGACAUUCCCAGGAAUUUCGAUGAGGUGAAUCCCGAUAGUGUAAAACUGACUAUUCAAUAAAAUAGUCACAGAACGAACUCUUUAAUCUGUAGAGGUUUACUUUUCUUUCUCACCAGAAAACGUAACACAUUUAGAUAAAAUUGGUUUAUUUGAUUAGGGACCUACUAUACAGAAAAGUCUAGAAACAAUUCUAGCCUUAGCGACUUAUAUGCAAGACAACCAUAUCUCACGGACAGGCUCUCUAUCUUGUUUCGCUGUUA